AUGCCGUACCUUCACGAGUCCGCAGAUAUAGCAGAUACCCCAUUGCAAGAUCGAGAGGGCGAUAAAAAGGAAGAGGUUGGCAAGGAAAAACGUUCGGAGGAAACACCACCCGAACAACCGCCUCCAGAGGAGGCUGUGCCAGAAACCUUGAGUUUCGAAUACGCAAAGCGCAGAAUUCGCCCAACUAUCGAAAAGCUAAAGCAAAAGGCUUCCCAACUCGGCGAACGGCUAGGCCGACCAACAGCGGAUGGAGAUGAUCUACAUCCCGGUGUGUACCACGCCGACUGGGCCUCCGGGAGUCAACCACCGGUGUCAGACAUAACGGACAAUCCACACAAGACUUAUGAAGAGAAGCGACAAAACCAGGCACAAAGUAGCUCCGAGGCCCAUCGGCUGGUGCGCGACUUGACCCAGAGUCAUUCCGGCAAGCGGCGCAAGUCACGACCGAAACCAUACCCCCAUGGGGACAUGAGUUAUAUUGGUGGUGAAGAUGAAUCAGCGAUGGAAUCCGGACUGCGGUAUCGUUCUGGUGGUGGUGGGAUCCUUUCACAGCUGAUAAAGCUCAAUGGUGGGAAUCAGCAGGGAAGGGGAGGUAUGGCAUCGCGGACUCCUAGUCAGUCGUCUUUGUCUGGACCGGCUUCUCGAUCCGAUUCGGAGUCUGGAAGGCAGACUCCUGGGCCUGGGAAAAAGGGCAAACCACCGAAAUGGUACAAAAGGCCCCCUAACACGUCGACUUCAACGCUAAUUGGGGCGUCGGGUGGCCUUAGCGGAGCAAGUACUCCAGUCUCGAGCGAGGUUCUAUCUGCUGCAUCACAGCGUCGAGGCCAGCAGGCUGAGCGCAAGAUGAAUUUGGAAGAUGAAAUUAGAGUUACCGUUCACAUCGCGGAAAUCAUCUGUCGACAGCGAUAUAUCAUCCAACUAUGCCGAGCAUUGAUGUUAUUCGGUGCGCCGACUCACCGGCUGGAGGAAUAUAUGCAAAUGACCGCGAAGGUGCUGGAGGUUGACAGCCAGUUUCUGUAUCUUCCGGGUUGCAUGAUCAUGUCAUUUGAUGAUCCAUCCACGCGGACGACAGAAGUGAAACUCGUUCGAGUAGGACAGGGAAUUGAUCUUGCUCGGCUCUCUGAUACCCAUCUCAUAUACAAGAACGUCAUCCACGAUGUAAUUGGAAUCGAGGAAGCUGUACAGGAAUUGGACGACAUUAUGAAGAAAAAGCCUCGAUAUCCCAAGUGGGUUGUCGUGUUGGUGUAUGGUCUGGCAACUGCAACCGUUGGUCCAUUUGCAUUCAGCGCUCGUCCAAUUGACAUACCAAUUAUCUUCAUCAACGGACUAUUGGUAGGGCUCAUGCAACACUUGGCCGCGCCUCGAUCAGUUCUAUACUCCAACGUGUUUGAAGUCACAUCGACCGUGGUAACAUCCUUCCUGGCUCGCGCUUUCGGCAGUAUUCCACGGACGGUCAUCGACGGCAAGCGCCAAUAUCUUUUUUGUUUUUCAGCAAUUGCACAAUCAUCGAUCGCAUUAAUCUUGCCUGGAUUUCUUGUCCUAUGCAGCAGUCUCGAGCUACAGUCUCACCAGAUCAUCGCCGGGUCGAUACGAAUGGUAUAUGCGAUCAUCUUCUCGCUGUUCCUGGGUUACGGCAUCACAGUUGGCACUACGGUUUACGGUCUCAUAGAUAACCACGCGGUUUCGGACAUUCAAUGUCCCCAAACAGGCGCUUUCAAGAAUCCAUACGUGCAGCGCUUCCCGUUCGUGACUAUCAUGACUGUCUGGCUCUUGAUCAUCAACCAGGGGAAAUGGAAGCAACUCCCACCGAUGACAAUCAUAGCGCUGACCGGCUAUAUCAGCAACUACUUCAGCACCAUGAAGCUAGGUUCGAACUCGCAGGUCGCGAACACCGUCGGUGCAUUUGUUGUCGGAAUCAUGGGCAAUCUGUAUAGUCGUUUAUGGCAUGGGCAUGCUGCGACCGCGAUUUUGCCAGCUAUCUUCAUCCUAGUGCCGUCUGGCCUCGCCGCGACGGGCUCUUUGAUCUCGGGUGUUCAAUCUGCGGACCAGAUUAAGCAGAAUAUCUCCUCUCAUGGACCGGCGAGCUCGACGCCUGGAGCAGGAUUGGCGUCGAGCAGCUCGGUGUUUAGCCUGGGAUUUGGAAUGAUCCAAGUAGCGAUUGGAAUCACCAUCGGGUUGUUUAUCGCGGCGCUUUGUGUGUAUCCAUUUGGAAAACGUCGGAGUGGAUUGUUUAGCUUUUAG